UAUGUCAACAGUCCUCAUCACUUCUCUACCCGGGCCGCUCAUGCAACAAUUCACACCACUAGUACAACCUCAUACUACUCGCACGCCUCGUCCUCGCUGUCCGUACUUCAAGAUGAGCGCUUCUCCAGACAACCCGAGGCUGGCUUCGAACGUCCUUGAGGUGUGGCUGAUUCAAGCUUAAGCAAUCGGCUACCUGUACCUCCGCGCCAUUAGCAAGGUUUGUCACCGUGCCAUGGGACUUGCUACACAAAACAUAACAUCCCUCUGCAGGAGAACGGAUUAAGAGCGGUAGGAAGGGCGGUACAGAUAGAGAAAGCUCUGCUCAUCAAAUGGUCAGCCGGAGAUCUGGACGCCAAAACGAUUGGGGCAUGAAAGUGGGCCCGUCGGAUGCCAGCAUGCCCUAGCCUUUUGAUGGUUAGUAGUCAUUCCAGCGUGCCGACCAUCCGUAUACCCUCGAUACACGUUCCUACCCUACCGACUCAACCGGCCACGAGUUUAGUACGAAAACAGCUCCCCAGGUUCGACAUCGCCUAAGCCAGGCCAAAUAAUGCUGACUAGUAGAGGCUUUUGGCGCGGCUUGUAUAUCAAGCCGGCCGAGCCAAGCCGCUAGGCCGUGCCUAUUGAACACUAGUAAGUUAUCUGCUACAGCGAAACGCGAGAUUAUCUGAGCACGCGGUACCUUCACCGACGCUGCUACGGUGUCACUUGGGCCGCCCCAACGUCACCAUACAUCCAUCGGCCACGAAUAUUGAUUAAACGUUCGCCGUUCACGAUUCACACCGGCGGUGAGUCUGGCUUGUCUUAUGAUCCUCACCUCUUCUGCUGGCCUUUGUGACAUGUUUUUAGUGGCAGUGUCGUGGUUUACACCCGACGAAGCCGUGACUUGACCGUAUCGUAGCAGCCUGUAGCCGUAAUACUUCUGGCCCCCAGGCUGCCCAGUAAGGCAUAUUUAUACUUCUCCGAAAGCUGUCAGACAGCAAGAGCGAAUCUCCGAGCAUGGGAAACUCAUCUGUGGGACACAGCUACUCUUGAUCAUAUGGUGG